UCUCAUUUUACAUUCAGUCGGAUACAUUAAUUGGCCCGGUGCAGAUCGGCCCGAGCAGCAGCAGCAGCAGCAACAGCAGUAACCCGAGCAGCAUCCCGCUAAACCUGCCUGUACGAACGUUUUUGGGGGCAGAGAACGAAUUUCCUUUUUGUGACCGUGCGUAGUUUCGGUGCUCGUUUCGUGUGCAAGUACAUUGUCGUGAUCGUGCAAAUUGAAGCAUUGUUUGCUUGCCCAUUCCCAUCGAUCAAGACUCCCAUUCGCGAGACAGACUCACAAUGCGACAGCUGUUGCUGAUCUGUGCGCUGGCCUGUGCCGUCGGCGGUGUGCUAAGUGCUUCGUUGACGCGCGUUGGCCGCGAGGAUGCGGUGGCGGUCCCGGCGGCCGAGGAGGUGAUGAUCGUGGCCGAGCCAGCAGAGCUAAAGCGGGCCGAAAUCCCGGUCGCGGUCGAGGAGGCCGUGGUGGCGGCCGCUGCACCGGCAACCGCCGAGCAGACGGUCGAACCAGUCGAAAGCCAGAGCAUUGCGGAACCGGUGGCUGAGGUCGCGGAACCGGUGGCCGUCGUAGCGGAAGCCGUUGCCGAUGCCGUCGUGCCGGAGAGUGAAGUUGUGCAGGCGGUCGAGCAGGCCGUCGACGCUGCCGAACAGCAGACAAAGUUUGUCCCGGAGAGCGAAGUUGCGCCCGUUGCCGCCGUCGCCGUUGCUGAGCAGGAACCGGCCGCCGUUGAAUCGCUGCGCAGUGUAGAACCUGUGGCGGAAGUUGCUGAGCCCGUCGUCGCCGUGGUCGAGAACGUUGCUGCUCCGGUGGAAGAAACCGUCCAGGUUGUCGAGCCGGUCGAAUCUCUGCGCAGUGUUGCUCCCGUUGCUGAGGUAGCGGAACCCGUGGCCGUCGUUGUUGCCGAGGAAGCUGAGAAGAAAACCGAGGAAUCGCAACCGGAAGCUGUCGUCCCAGCCGUUAAGACCGUGGCGGAAGUGAUCCUGGACAAGGCCGAGGAGAAAGUCGUCGAAGAGGCGGUAGCUGCCAAGGAAACGGAAGUCGCUCCGGUAGAAUCGCUUAAAUCGGUUGAGCCUGCCGUUGAGGUGUCUGAGCCCGUUGCCGUCGUUGUCCCGGUUGUUGGUGAGGUUGCCGAGAAGCAGGAGGAACAGGUUGUGCCCCAGGUUAAGUCCGUACUGCCAGUCGCAGCGGUGGAAGCGAGCGAAGUCGUCCCGGAGGCUGUUGUGGCCGUUGCCGAAGAGAAGCCAGCCGUCGCUGAGCAGGAAGUUGCCGCUGUUGAAUCGCUCCGUACUGUUGAGGUGCCGGAAGUUGCUGCCGUUGAAGCCGUCGAGAAGGUGGCCGAAGUUGUCGCUGCCGUUGAGCCCGUAGAGGAGAAGGUUGUCGCCCCGGUUGAGUCGCUCCGUUCCGUUGCUCCGGUUGUCCCGGUGGAAGAACCCGUCGCUGCCGUCGCUGCUACCGAGGAAAAGGUCGUAGAGGCUGUCGAAGAGAAGGUUGUCGCUCCGGUUGAAUCUCUGCGCCAAGCUGCCCCGGUCGAAGCCGUCAACGAGCCAGCGGUCGUAGUGGUCGAGGAGGAGAAGAAGGAGGAAGUUGCCGUCGUGGAGAAGGAAGCCGUCGUUGCCCCAGCUGUUAAGGCCGUCGUUGUACCGGAAGUGGUCGAGAACGUGGAAAAGCAGGAAGCUCCAGUUGCCGUCGAAGAACCGGCGGGCGUUGUCAAGUCCGUCCCGAUUGCGGAAGAUCUCGUCCCGGUGAAGGAAGUCGAGGCCGAACCACACCAGGCUCUGCGCGGCAAUGAGGUACGUCAGGAGACCGGUAGCUCCACCACCCGUCCCAAUCUGCUCCAACAGAUCAUUCAGCCGGUGAACAACUUCAUCCAGGCGACUCCGCUCGGACAAGUGUUGAACCGCCCGUCGAACACUCCGGCCGCUGCUGCGGCUCCUGCCGCCGAAAACGCCGAAGUCGCUCAGGAUGAGUCGGCCCCGGCCGGUACGACUGCCGCCCCCAACCUAGUCCAGCAGCUUGCCCAGAACGUGCAGAACUUCUUCAACCCGAACGCGGUGAACGCCAACGCUGAGGCCGAAUCGACGACCCGGCCCAACAUUAUCCAGCAGGUCCAGAAUGCCGUCGGUUCGGUGUUUAACCGACCGGCCACCAACUCGGAACAGCAGCAGCAGCAACAGCCCAACCCGAUCCAGAAUAUCGUCCAGGGUGUGCAGAACUUCUUCCGGCCGACCACCGCCCCAGCACAGGCCAGCCCGUCCGAGGGCGCUGCUCCCGCCGAUACGCCCCAGGACACGCCCGCUGCCUAAAGGUGCCUAGGUGUUAGGUAAACUCCACAGCCAUAAGCGUGCAGACGCGUUCCACAAGGACGAGCGGUGGUGAAUUCCUUUCUUUUUCUAAGGAAUUUAACCACCCCGCAAGACUUUCCUUUUCCCAUUCUUACACACACGAGAGAGAGAGAGCGAGAGAGAGACAUAUCUACGACACACAGAAAAGCAAGAGCCAGCAACCGUGCUACGUGCCAGGAUGGGUUCCGGAAGAUCCGGAUGAACGAUCAGGAUGAUGUGGCCUUUUUCCUAACUUAUUUAUUUAAACGCAUGCAAAACCUCCACCCAAGCAAUGUUCACCGGGACAUUGCCGACAUUUGGGGACUGGACAAGGUUUUUGAGGGCUGCAAAGGGAAGAGGUAGCAAACAGUACCGGAGGACUGGCACGAAAGACGGCUGGUUUCUUGAUUUUAUUUUUAUAUCUCUUAAUUUAUUGCAUUGUGAUUCUCAGCGGUAGGAAGAUAUGGAAGAAAACUUUUAAGAAAAACACACACUCACACAAACACAACGAUCAGGAAUGAGUGAGACAGAGAGCGAGAGAUUGGACACCAGCGAUGGUUGGAGCAGGAGGGAAGAUUCACGAUGAGAAGACGACGAGAUGGGAAGAUUGUUCAGGGCAUGCUAGAUUGCAUAACACACAGAAGCACACAGGAGGCGUUGCAACAAUGUACGCCGAGAGCCAGCCAAGGUUUAUAUACGAAUGAGAAAGAAAAAAAAUGUAUGAAAACAAAAAAAUUAAUAAAAUGUAUAAAAA